AUGCAACCGGCCCCCGAUUGGUCGGAUUCGAAUCGGCCACUCGGCGGGAAAUCGGAAUGGGCGUGUCCGGACGAAGGGAGAGCGGCCGACGUCGCCGAUGCCGGCAACCGGGUCGGUGGCCGUUCGGCUGACUCAUCGGGUCUCCCACGGGUGUGGAAACACUUCGGACAGAUCCACACCAAUCACAAACGCGGCAAUUGA